AUCCUCGGAUCAUAUGAUUGGGUGGCCAUCGCUGUGUGUUGUCAGUGAAAAGGUGUUGCCGUUUUUACGUUGUUGUAAUUAUAUUUGCUAGACGCUUAGAUGCGCGUAAAAUUCGACGAUUUGCAAUUUUGCAGCAUUUGAUUUGGUCCGAGGUGCCCGGUCGGGGAUCGUAAUUCACUCAAUUUCAAAGGAACUAACACCUUAACUGUGCCAUCGCCAACAAGACAGUCUCCCGUCGAGGAUCGAAUUCGAAAGAAAUCAAUUGUUUUUAAACACAACAGCCAAAAUGUCUACAGAGCCCUACAGUUACUCCUACAUAUUCAAGUAUAUAAUUAUUGGAGACAUGGGUGUUGGAAAAUCUUGCUUACUACACCAGUUUACAGAGAAAAAAUUUAUGGCUGAUUGUCCACAUACAAUUGGUGUUGAAUUUGGCACCAGAAUAAUUGAGGUCUCAGGGCAGAAAAUUAAGCUACAGAUUUGGGAUACUGCAGGACAAGAAAGAUUUAGAGCAGUUACAAGGUCUUACUAUCGAGGUGCUGCUGGAGCUUUAAUGGUUUACGACAUCACAAGGCGUUCGACAUACAAUCAUCUCAACAGUUGGUUGACAGAUACGAAAAAUCUCACCAACUCAAGUACUGUGAUAUUUUUGAUUGGCAACAAAUGUGAUUUGGAAAACCAAAGAGAUGUUCCUUUUGAAGAAGCCAAAAAGUUUGCCGAAGAAAAUGGACUCAUGUUUGUUGAAGCCAGUGCAAAAACUGGUGAGAGUGUUGAAGAGGCCUUCUUGGAAACUGCCAAGAAGAUUUAUCAGAGUAUUCAAGAUGGAAGGCUUGAUUUGAACGCUGCAGAAUCUGGUGUUCAGCAUAAGCCGUCACAAUCAGGGCGUACGACUCUUUCAAAUGACCAACCUAAUAAAGAUGCUUGCUCGUGCUAGAUCCUGUUGAACGCAUCACCAUAUAUGUAUUAUAUAUGGACAAAAGAAAAAAUAAACUUUCCUAUUUCACUUAUCAAAAUGUACAUAAAAACACUUGCUAUAAGCACAUUUUCCUAUUCAUUAUAAUCCCCUCUUCCUCCUAAUGAUCUGAUCUGCUCUGGAAUUUGUUUAACAAUUUUAUUUUUGAGUUUAUCACUACUUAUAAAAAUAUAAAUUAGUGUGUGUAUGUGUAUAUUAUAAGUAUUAUAAAGUAUGUAUAAAUGUGCACAUACACCCACACAAGAUUCUAAGUGCAUAUACAGAAUAUGGGAAUGCAUGUAUAUGUACUCAUGUCAAUGUAUAAUUGUUUCAUGUAUUUAUAAUUGGUGUAUAGAAGCUUUAUAAUUUAUUUUUUCAUGGCUACUGUUGAAAAUAUUAAAAAAAUUACAACUGCCUACAGAUAAAUGUUGAAAGACUUUAUCUGCUCAGAUAGUUUUAUGUAUAUGUAAUUGUGCAAUUUAGUAUUUAU